AUGAGAGGGAGGGGAGCGGAGGAGUGGGCGAGGGGUUGGUUACGCAACUGUGAGAGGGAGCGGUUACGGGCAAUCCAAAAAGAAGAAGAAGAAGAAGACGAAGGAGUGGUUGAAAAUUGGGAGGAGGUGAAACUAUUACAAAGAAAAAAGCAUUUAAUUGAUUAG